AUGAAAGAUCCCAAGUUGGUGAAAUAUAGUAAGUUAGUCCUAGAGCUUAUCAAAGAGUUCGAAGAAGUGGCAUUACAUUACCUCCCCAUGGAAAAGAAUCAAAUGGCGGAUAAUCUAGCCACUUUGGUAGCAACCUUUGAAGUAAAUAAACAUUCAAAUAUGAUGCCCAUUGAGAUGCAAGCUUAUGAGUAUUAUGCCCACUACUAUAGCAUAGAAGAGGAAGAAGAUGGAAAUCCCUGGUAUUAUGAUGUCUUACAAUACACCAGAUAUCAAAGUUAUCCUGAACAGGCAUCUGAAAAUAACAAAUGA